AAAACUCCACAAAUCAUGACUUCCACAACUUCUGUCUCCAAGGGAUGCUUUGUCUUCAAGCCUUCUGGCAAGAAAAAGAAAAGUAACGACGAGGUGUGCUUCCAGAACGAGAAUGGUGAGGUGACCAGGGAGAGCCGUUUGAGGUUUGACACCUACCAGACGCUCAGCCAGGAGCUGAAGACAUCUGCCGAGGCAGUGCAUGUCGAGAUGAAUGCCCAGGUGUUUGAGAAGAUGACCUCCUUCCUGUCGGGAGCCCGCGGUGUGGCCUCGGACAACCUUCAGAGCUGGGCAGAGCGGCAGAGAUCCAACGAAAUUCCGACGGCCGCCUUUGUCACAGGCGUGAACGUAGCGGAUCACGAGGUGGUGUUCCAAACGCUGACGGAGCGGCUGCGCGAGUCUGUCACGCCGCACAUCGUGUCCCUUCAGCCGAAGGAGUGCACAGGGCUGAAGCAGGCAGUGCAGAAGAUUCUCGGUACGCUGCUUGGGGGGCAGACAUCGUGCGAGGACGACGAGGGAGAAAGUGACGACUUGGGUGACAGGAAGCCCUUGUCGGCAUCGCAGGUGCUACCGUCGUUCUCCGCACUGUGCAGCUGGUACUCGACUCUGCCGCAGCCUGUAUCGGACGGUGUGAAAGGCAAGCGGAAGGUGAGCGAGCGGCACAGCACGACUCCCCCCAUCGUCAUCAUCCUUCGGGAGCUCGAGAGCUUUCCGCCACGUGUGCUGCAAGACCUCAUCCGUAUCUGCAGCCAGUACGUGGACCGGCUACCCCUGGUGCUGGUGCUGGGUAUCGCCACGUCGCCCCUGGCAUUGCACCGCUUGCUGCCGCACUCCGUGUCAUCUCUGCUGUGCGUGGAGCGAUUCCAGACGCCGCCUGCCACCGAGUUGCUCUCCUCUACGCUCGACCAGCUGCUGCUAACGGAUCGCUUCCUCUUCAAACUGAGCGGCAAAUCCCUGCAGGUGCUCAUCGGAAUCUUCCUCUACCACGACUUCUCCGUCAGGAACUUUGUCAAGGGCUUGCAGUUUGCCAUGAUGGAGCACUUCUACGAGCAGCCGCUGAGCAUGCUGUGUGUGCCGUCGUCCAGCCUGAAGGCUCACGUCGCUUCACUCGGACCGGAGCUCUGUGAGGCCGUGCGCCAGGCCCCUUCCUUCUGCCGGUACAUGGAGGGCAGGAAGGCAAAGGAGCAGGAUCGACUCCUGACCGAUGAGUACCUUAAGGACCGUGUGUGUAUCCUGCUGUCCGAGCUGUACCGAUACCAUCGGCGGUUCUUCCUGAUGCUGCGGGGCCUGCACACCUUCACGCACCAGCUGCCUGGAUACCCACUCGGCAAGCAGGUGCGGGAGCUGUACUGCAGCGUCCUUGAGUCGCCCGUGUGGGAAAGUGAAGGCUACUCAUCCGCCAUGCUUCUCCUCCGGAUGCUCGCCCGGGAUGAGCUCUGCUGUCUGCUGGAGAGCUGUGUGGAGCAGCUGUCGGCCGCUCCGACUGAUCCUGAGCUACAGGGUGCGGUCACGUCCCUCCAGGGUGUCCUACAAGGCCUGCAUGCACUUGGCGAGCCCGGCGGGGCACCCAACGUCGAAGAGAUGGCGUUGCCAGCACAAAAAGUGCCAGUGCUUGGAAAGACCGACCUGCACCAGCUGCAGAAGACACUGAUGGAGAUGCAGGCGGCGAAGAAGCAGCAGAAGAAGUCGAGUCCCUACGAGGUGCUCCGUACCAAAGCUGUGGAUCUGCUCGACGAUCUGGUCAGGAAAUAUCUGCAGCCACCUGAAGGGCAGACGCUGCACGAAGUGAGCUACUUUAGCGACUCCUCCACACUGAAGCAGCACCUCAACGCGUCGCCACGUGCAGCCAUCCAGAUGGCGCUCACCAACCCUUACUACUACCUGCAGAACAAGGCCUUGCGCAGCGCGGAGGGCAGCAUCACCAACAUGGCUCCAGAUAUAUGCAUCGCCUAUAAGCUGCACCUGGAGUGCGGUUGCAUGAUUAACCUGUACGACUGGCUGCAGGCCUUCCAGACAGUGCUGCAAGCUGGGAACGACUCUGAAGAGACCGAAACACCUCACGUCAUUGACCAACAAAUUCACGCACGGUUCAUUCGUGCCGUCUCCGAACUGCAGUUCCUGGGCUUCGUAAAGCCCACCAAGCGCAAGACGGACCAUGUGGCUCGUCUCACUUGGGGUGGCUGCUGAGGCAUCAAUCUUGCUUGGUGGUAAUAUUGCAUACAAUGAUGGUAAUGUCAACAAAUCUUUUUCAAUUAGUGAAUGAGCAGUGGACAUGUCGUAGUCGUUAUGGUAAAUACUAGCCACCAAUGAAAAUGCAAAGAUAAUUUAACAUGAGCAGACUACAGUGCGUAAGUGUGGAUUAGAUUUUCAAACAGAAUGCAAAUUAAAUCAAGACCGACUGGACUGGCUUUUAUAAAAGACUGCAUUGCAUGGUAGUGCUGCACCAAGGAUAGUAAAGAUAAUCCAGUUCCCACUGCACUGCAAUAGGUUCUUGUAAAUAUUCGUAUGCUGUAAAUAUUAAUGCGGUUUGUGCUUUAAUAAACAUUUACGAUUUGCGCAUUGAAUUGAGAAGUGUCAUAACCUUAACCUUGGAGCUGGUAUUUGCAGUCUGCCAUCUUGUUCCAUGAAUAUCCAUAUAUAUCUUACAAAAUGGUGUAAAGACCCAAUGCAUUUCC